AUGAAUAGCAAAGCGUACAAAAGAGUUGCAAAUAUUAUGGUAAUUGCCGUCGAGGAGAAUUCUCGAAAUAUGCUUCCCACGUCAUCGCUGCGAAUUAAUCCGAAGUACGCUCAGAUAGCUGAACUUAUCCCGGGUCUGUACAUCUGUGGGGUGAGUUCGCUAACCGUGGACAACAUCGAACAGUAUAACAUAUCACUGAUCAUCAAUGCAACCAGCGAGAUUGAAGCGGUUAUAGCAAGUGGCGGCAGUGUUUUAGUGCAUUGCAAGGCUGGGGAAGUAAAGAACCGUUCUGCCUCUGUGAAGAUCGUAACGAAUGACUGUGAUCCAGAAAGCGUUCUUCCGGAUGUCUAUGUUGUUAAUGGUGAUAACUGUUCUGAGGGCGACGCUGUUAACUGGCAAAAAUCGGAUCAGCCGCUUUACAGUAAAAAGAUGAAGUUCCAACCGGUGCUAGAAACGGUACCAGAAAGUGUUGAAGCAGUAGCAUAG